GUUCUUUAAAACGACACUGAAAAUAAGCAGUUUUUGCCUGUAUCAAAUGCUGCAUUCACUGCUCUUUUUGAGCCCUCGUUCAUGUGGGUUGUGAAGGGAGCCUCUGUUGUUUUUAGUUUAAAACAGUUACUAAUUAGCAUUACAAAGAUAUUAAAUUAUUGUUAAUUAAUUUGUUGAAUUGUACACUUCUGCAAUUUCACAGACAUACAUCUUAAGGAAUUAAACCGUUUAGUAUACGUCCAUUAUUUAUGUUCUCUAAACAUAUCAUUUUCUAAUUUCCGAGUGCACUUUAAUAAACGAAAUCAUAUUUCCCGCCAGUGGCCGUGUGCAAAGCCUUCAAAGGAACAAAGAUAACUACGCUUUGUUAAAACUUACAUUCUUUUUAGUCAAUAUCUUAAGAUUAUUGUCUUUUUCUAGCCAAUGUAAUUGAAUAAUUGAACUUAUUAAGCGAAUUUACAGUUUAUCCGGUUUUACUGACAGUUUUAUUUAUGUCUUCAACAGUUAAAUUAGCAGUUUGACAUUAAGGUAUUCAUAAAGGUAGAAGCUAACGUUAGCUUAGCUAAAAGCUAAACAUUUUUAAACUUUAAUUUGUUUAUACUAACGGUAACAUCAAAAUGAAAGCUGCAGAGGACCAGGUUGUUGAAGAGGACACUGGUUUCCAGGAUGAUGAGGAGUCCUUCUUCCAGGACAUCGACCUCCUACAGAAACAUGGGAUUAAUAUGGCGGACAUUAAAAAGAUGAAGUUGGUGGGUAUCUGCACUGUGAAAGGGAUCCAGAUGACAACUCGUAAGGCUUUGUGCAACAUCAAGGGUCUGUCUGAGGCUAAGGUGGAGAAGAUCAAGGAGGCUGCUGGGAAAAUGCUGAAUGUUGGUUUCCAGACAGCCUUCGAGUACAGUUCGAAGAGGAAGCAGGUGUUCAACAUCACAACCGGGAGCCUGGAGUUUGAUAAACUCUUGGGUGGAGGAAUAGAGAGUAUGGCUAUAACGGAGGCGUUUGGAGAGUUCCGCACAGGGAAAACCCAGCUCUCUCACACUUUCUGUGUCACUGCUCAGCUUCCCGGAGAGAACGGCUACUCAGGCGGGAAAGUCGUCUUCAUUGACACAGAGAACACCUUUCGUCCAGACAGACUGAAAGACAUCGCUGACAGGUUCAAUGUGGACCAUUCUGCUGUUCUGGACAACGUGCUUUACGCUCGGGCCUACACCAGUGAACACCAGAUGGAGCUGUUGGACUUUGUCGCAGCCAAAUUCCACGAGGAAGGAGGAGUGUUCAAACUAUUGAUCAUUGACUCCAUCAUGGCUCUGUUCAGAGUCGACUUCUCUGGACGAGGAGAGCUGGCUGAGCGGCAGCAGAAACUGGCCCAGAUGCUCUCCAGGCUGCAGAAGAUCUCUGAAGAAUACAACGUAGCAGUGUUUGUCACCAACCAAAUGACAGCUGAUCCUGGGGCAGGAAUGAGCUUUCAAGCCGAUCCCAAGAAGCCCAUUGGAGGACACAUCCUGGCCCACGCCUCCACCACACGGAUCAGUCUGAGGAAAGGGCGUGCCGAGAUGAGAAUUGCCAAAAUAUUUGACAGUCCCGAUAUGCCUGAGAGCGAGGCCACGUUCGCCAUCUGUGCCGGAGGAGUGUCUGAUGCCAAGGAGUGAACGCUGAGGAGAAGAAACACAGUUAUCACAGUCCCUGUUCUUGUCAGUUUGAAGUUGUUUUCUUGUAAGAUUUAUUUAUUAUAUUUGUAUUAACUUAUUAUAUUUAAACUGACCAUAUUGUACCGUUGUACUUUUGAUGUAUUUAUUAUAUCUAUAGUUUUGUAGUAUUGUUCCCCAUGUUUCUUAGAUAUUAAAAU